AUGUCUGAUUAUUUCCAACAAACCAACACUAGUAAUCAAUCAGCAAAUAAUGAUGGAAACAAAAAGGACGAGGAAAUAACGUUGAAUUACCUACCUGAUGGAACGGAACCAUCAUCAGAUAUAUCAGAAAAUAAAAUUGUGGUCUUGGACUAUAUGCCUCGAAUUAGUAUAACUACGAAUCUCAAUUCAUUUGAAAAUUUAUUAAACACUGAAACAAUAGUCUUGCACAAAUUGAAUAUUUCUUACGAAGAUAUUUUUAAAACGUUUAAAGAAAAACUUAUGACCAAAAUUGUAAACGGCGAAUACGCUAUGAGUGAUAACGAUGUUAUUAAUCUGGACAAAAUGAUAGGAUUAGCGUGUAUUGCUAUGAGUGAAUCUGAAAAAAAUAACAAAAAAUUACGAACCAGGAACAGCAUUUUACAGAAUAAAUAUAAAAAUUAUGACUGGGCAGUUAAAGAAUGCAGUAGGCUUAAUUCUGAAAUGGAUAAAAUAAAAUAUAAUCUUUGUUUAGCAUUAGGUCGUAGGUUCAAUGACAAGGAAGAUGUUAUGCAUUUGACUAAUUUUUGCGUUGCAUUAGCUGCACGUGAAAAUGAAUAUCAUUACAUUCUGACAGAAAACGAUAAGUUGAAGUACAUUAUAAAUAAGCAACUGAUGAACAUACGCGUUAAAACGUUAAAUAAUUAUGAUGAAGUUCUACAAAGCUUAGAGAAGUUAAAAGAAAAACUAUAUAUUAAAGAUCUCAAAAUAUCACAGUUGAAAGAUGAGUUAUGUUUGAUAAAUGAAAAAAAAAAAACAAAUUUCAAUUAUUGCAUAAAAAUUUGUCAGAGUUUCCCGAAAAAUUGA